AAAGUGUUAUUCGCCAAAAAGCUUUGUAAAAUCAAGCUCGAUGCCCCGAUCCACGUCUCGACAGAUCGAUCUUCCAAUCAAUUAUUUUUGAUCCGCGGCGGAAGGGAAGGUAUUCCGGUAUGUCACCGAAGCCGUCGGAGAACGGAAUUGAAGGCGACGACGAGCGGGAGGAGGAAACAGAGGAGGAGGAGGAGGAGAAUUCCGAGGAUGAGGAAGAAGAGGAUGAGCCGAGGCUCAAAUACCAGCGGAUGGGAGGCAGCGUGCCUACGCUCCUCCAAAGCGACGCGGCUUCCUGCAUCGCCGUUGCCGAGCGGAUGAUAGCUCUCGGCACGCACGGCGGUUCUGUUCACAUUCUCGAUUUUCUCGGCAACCAAGUUAAAGAAUUCAUUGCACAUACUGCUGCAGUUAAUGAUCUUUGCUUUGAUAUCGAAGGUGAAUUCAUUGGAAGCUGCUCCGAUGAUGGAUCUGUUGUAAUUAAUAGUCUUUUUACUGAUGAAAGAAUGAAAUUUGAGUACCACCGUCCUAUGAAGACUAUUGCAUUGGACCCUGAUUAUGUGAGGAAAUCAUCCAGAAGAUUCGUUGCUGGAGGUUUAGCUGGUCAUUUGUAUUUUAAUGUGAAGAAAUGGUUAGGCUAUCGAGACCAGGUUUUGCAUUCUGGUGAAGGGCCUAUUCAUUCAGUGAAGUGGAGGUCUAGUCUCAUUGCCUGGGCCAACGAUGCAGGCGUAAAGGUUUAUGAUGCUGUUAAUGAUCAACGAAUAACAUUCAUCGAAAGACCUCGAGGAAGUCCACGCCCUGAACUUCUGCUGCCCCAUUUAGUCUGGCAGGAUGACACUCUACUGGUCAUCGGCUGGGGAACAUCUGUUAAAGUAGUAUCAAUAAGAAAUAAUCAGAAUAGAGGCACUAAUGGGACAUACAAGACUAUUCCAAUGUCUAGCAUGAGCCAGGUGGAUAUUGUGGCCUCUUUUCAAACCAGCUAUUUCAUAUCAGGAAUUGCUCCCUUUGGUGAUUCUUUGGUUGUUCUGGCAUAUAUUCCUGUGGAAGAAGAUGGAGAGAAGGAUUUCAGCAGUUCUAUUCCAUCGCGCCAGGGAAAUGCUCAGAGACCUGAAGUGCGAGUUGUCACUUGGAAUAAUGAUGAAUUGGCAACUGAUGCACUUCCUAUUCAUGGUUUUGAGCAUUACAAGGCAAAAGAUUAUUCUCUUGCUCAUUCCCCUUUCUCAGGUAGCAGUUAUGCUGGUGGUCAAUGGGCUGCUGGUGAUGAACCAUUGUAUUAUAUAGUGUCCCCAAAGGAUGUAGUUAUUGCCAAACCUAGGGAUGCAGAAGAUCACAUAUCUUGGCUUCUUGAACAUGGAUGCCAUGAGAAAGCCUUGGAAGCCGUUGAAGCUGGUCAGGGUCGGAGUGAGCUUCUUGAUGAGGUGGGAUCUACCUAUCUUGAUCAUCUGAUUGUGGAACGCAAAUAUGCUGAAGCGGCUUCCUUGUGUCCCAAGCUACUGCGAGGAUCAGCUUCUGCAUGGGAAAGGUGGGUUUUCCACUUUGCCCAUCUUCGGCAACUUCCUGUUCUGGUUCCCUACAUACCAACUGACAAUCCAAGAUUACGAGAUACUGCUUAUGAGGUAGCUCUUGUUGCUUUGGCGACAAACCCAUCAUUUCACAAGGAUCUUCUGUCAAUCGUUAAAACUUGGCCACCUGCAAUUUAUUCUACUUCUUCUCUAAUCUCUGCCAUAGAGCCUCAGCUGAAUACUUCAUCUUCAACUGAUUCUCUCAAAGAGGCUUUGGCUGAGCUGUAUGUAAUUGACGGACAAAACGAGAAGGCAUUCAGCUUGUAUGCUGAUCUUAUGAAGCCAGACAUUUUUGAUUUCAUUGACAGACAUAAUUUGCAUGAAGGGAUUCAAGAAAAGGUUGCCCAGCUUAUGAUGAUAGACUGCAAACGUGCAGUUCCAUUGUUUAUCCAACACAAAGACCUUAUAAGCCCAUCUGAUGUAGUUUCACAGCUUAUGGCUGUAAAGAAGAAGUGUGACUACCGACUUUUUUUGCAUAUGUAUCUGCAUGCACUGUUUGUGUCAAAUCCUCAUGCUGGAAGGGAUUACCAUGACAUGCAGGUUGAGCUGUAUGCUGAUUAUGAUCCUAAAAUGCUGCUUCCAUUUCUUCGGAGCAGUCAGCAUUACACACUGGAAAAGGCUUAUGAAAUUUGUGUUGAACGAGAUCUACUAAGAGAGCAAGUUUUUAUUCUUGGAAGAAUGGGAAAUUCGAAGAAAGCUUUAGCCGUAAUUAUCAACAAAUUGGGGGAUAUCGAAGAGGCCAUCGAAUUUGUAAGCAUGCAGCACGAUGAUGAACUCUGGGAAGAGCUGAUUAAGCAAUGUCUGAACAAACCUGAGAUGGUUGGGGUAUUGCUGGAGCAUACGGUUGGCAAUCUUGAUCCCCUAUAUAUCGUAAAUAUGGUGCCCAAUGGUUUAGAGAUACCUCGGCUGCGAGACCGCCUUGUCAAAAUCAUUACUGACUAUCGGACAGAAACUUCUCUAAGGAACGGGUGCAACGACAUACUCAAGGCGGAUUGCGUCAAUUUGCUAAUUAAGUACUACAAAGAAGCGAGGCGCGCAAUGUACUUGAGCAAUGAAGAAGAUGAAUCCCGCAGCAAACGCGACAAAAGCAGAGCUUCUUUAUCGUCCGAACGAUCUCUGAGCGUCAGAAACAUGGAGGUCAAGUCGAAAAUCAGCGCUGGCACACGAUGCUGCAUGUGCUUCGACCCGUUCAACAUACACGACGUGUCGAUAUUUGUUUUCUUCUGCUGCCAUGCCUACCACGAGACCUGUCUGAUGGAUUCCAUCAUUUCUGCCAGUAGCAAAAAGCAGAAGCCGGCAGCCCCCGCACGGGAUGAGCUGUCGUACUACGAAUAUGAUAAUGGCGACGACGACGAUGAUGAUGAGGGUCACAAUGACGAGGAUGAUGAUGAUGCGCGGAUACGUUGUAUCUUAUGCACUACAGCUGCAGGUUGAGACUUCUCGAUAACCUGUUUUGUCGAUGUGUUUGUAAGAUUAUAUGCACAUAUAUAUAUAUAUACAUACAUGCAUCGUAUAGUUUUGCUCGUUUGAAUGUCGGGAGAUGUUCCGUUGUGUGCAGUAUUUCGAUUUUUGAGGAUUUUUUCGUCGGCAUUUUCGGUUUUCUUCGUUGGAUAGAUAAUAUAGUAGGCUUUCUCUUGAAACUUUUCCUGCAGUUGUGUUGUUUUUUUGCCUUACAAUUGGAGAUUGAUUGAUGUAAGAAUGCUGUGGGAGGUUUGCUUUGAUUAACUCUUGUCAAGAUAUUUAUAUAUUUUUAUGGAUUGAAAUA